AUUCAUGUUCGUACUGCUGUGCCUAACUCUGAGUGUGUUGUCCUCUAUCACGGAAUUCGAGAGCAUUCUCAUACAGUACGCUGUGUAUGUGGAAAUAAUCAUGCUGGUGUGGAUAAUGGUGGAGCUGGGACUCCGAGUGUGGUCUGCCGGGUGUCGGUCUCGCUAUCAGGGAAAAACCGGCAGAAUGAGAUUUCUCAGACGACCUCUCUGCAUUAUAGACAUCAUCUUGUCGUUGGCUAGUAUAUGCACUUUGGCUGCGGGAUCCACACAAGACCAGUUCCCACAAACGGUUCUCAGCGGGUUGCGCUUCUUUCAGAUCCUCCGGGUCGUUCGUCUGGACAGAAAGGGGGGCACCUGGAAACUGCUGGGCUCCGUUGUUUGGGCCCACAGACAGGAACUAGUGACCACGCUGUACAUCGGCCUGCUGGGUCUUGUGUUCUCCUCCUACUUUGUCUACCUGGCCGAGAAGGAUGAGCCGCGACACGACAACGGGCCUUUGCCACAGCUCAACAACUCCAGCCUCAAACCUAAAUUUAGCAACUUUGCUGACGCCAUCUGGUGGGGAGUGGUCACUCUUUGCACUGUAGGAUAUGGUGACGUUGUUCCGGCCACUUGGGGUGGCAAGGUCAUAGCCUCUUUCUCGGCUAUUCUGGGAAUCUCAUUCUUUGCUUUACCAGCGGGCAUCCUUGGCUCAGGUUUUGCACUGAAAGUCCAGCAGCAGCAGCGACAGAAGCAUCUCAAUCGUCGACGUGUUCCUGCAGCCAACCUGAUCCAGAGCUUGUGGAGAUGCUAUGCUGCAGACGAGCACUCCAUGUCAACUGCCACAUGGAAGCGUCACCUCAUUCCCUGCCCAA